GCGGUCGCGGAGCAAGAGGAGCAACCACGUUGCAGCAGGUACGAGGGUCGGGAGAGCGAGGAGGGUAGAAUAGAAGAAAACCGAGCACCGAGAUAGGAAAGAAGAGGGUGGAGAUUGAGGCAGAGCGAACAGACGGCAAUCAGAUCAUAGCAGCACGCACGCCAAGCGAUCGCCCGCACGUUCAAGGUCCAGCUAUACUGCCCACACUGGCCACUGGCCACUGAGCGCUGCUGCUCUCGACAGCCUUUCACAACAACCCACACAGUCUCACAGCGCAUCAUGUCUCGUCAUGCCCGCAUUGAAGAAGUGUCCGACAGCGACUCGGAUCCGUCCGAGAUGGAUCCCUCGGACUUCGAUCCUGGUCUCCUGAACACCAUCAUCCAGCCCGCCAACAUCCCCUCCACUGCGCCUCAGCAAUCGUUGCAGCAGCAGCAGCAGCAGCAGCAGCAGCCUGUUCUGCAACCUCACUUCCCCGGCCGCCCUCCGCCUGAUCAAAACGCCGAACGCGAGCGCACCAAGCACUACCAGUGUCUCUACCCCAUCUACUUCGACUCAUCCCGCUCUCGUGCCGAAGGAAGACGGGUGGGAAAGGAUGCCGCUGUCGCAAACCCUCUGGCCCAGGACAUAGCAAAUGCCUGUUCUCAGUUACCCGUCGCUGGCCAGGUCGUCUUCGAACCUGCAAAGACGCACCCCAAAGACUGGGCCAACCCUGGUCGUGUGCGCGUCCUGAUCAAGCAGGAUGGCAAGCCUGCCGGGAAUGCCUCUAUCAAAAACAAGCAUCAAUUGUACAAACUGGUCGCCGACUAUCUACGAGCACAUCCUACCACCGAGGAGUCACCUAUGCGCAUGAGAAUCGCUGGUCUGCCACCACCGACAAAGCCUAUCCCUCCACCAGCUGCACCAAAGGGUUGGAAGAUGGGCACGAUAUUGCCAUUACACUCUCCCGCUCUAAGCGGUGGAGGCGUUAACGAAAAUUACUUUAAGGAUAUGAUGCAGGAAAUGCAAGGCAUGCAAGGUCAGCCCGGUAUGCCUAGUCUGCCUGCUGGCAUGGAAAGCAUGUUUGGCGGUACCCCCUCUGCACCCGAGCCAGCCCCUCUUUCCAAGAAGAAGGACAAAAAGAAAUCAAGAGCCUAAACGCCUGUCCAGCCAGCCCCCGGAAUGCCCAACCACUUCUCACCAGUCUAAUAUACACAUGAUUCCCGUUGACAUGACGCUUGAGUAAUCAUUUACGACGUCUUGAUGACCUUGGGUGUAGCGGUGGGCAGUUCGGUCUUGAAGACCC